AUGGGCAUCAACAAAAUUAAUAAAAGCCCUAAGAAGGAAUUGACUUCAUGUUUUGAUAAAUAUGAAUAUUUUUUCAUUGGUUUAUUAAUAAUUAUUAGUAUAAUAGUAAGAGCACCAAAUUUAAAUUAUCCAAAUUCAGUUGUAUUUGAUGAAGUUCAUUUUGGAGGAUUUGCAAGAAAAUAUAUUUUAAAACUGUAUUUUAUGGAUGUUCAUCCUCCUUUAGCUAAAAUGUUAUUUGCUGCUGUUGCAUCAAUUGGAGGAUUUAAUGGAAAUUUUGAAUUUAAAUCUAUAGGUGAUGAAUUUCCUGAUACUGUUCCUUAUGUAUUUAUGAGACAAUUUCCUGCUUUAUUAGGAAUUGGUACUGUUAUUUUAUGUUUUUUAACUUUAAAACAAAGUGGAGUUAGUAUUAUAAUUUCAUUUAUUACUUCGCUUUUAUUAAUUAUUGAAAAUUCAAAUGUUACAAUUUCAAGAUAUAUUUUAUUAGAUUCUCCUUUAUUAUUUUUUAUUGCUGCUUCAGUUUAUGCAUGGAAAAAAUUUGAAAAUCAAGUUCCUUUUAGUUUUGGAUGGUAUAAAGCUUUAAUUACUACAGGUGUUGCGCUUGGUUUAGCUUUUAGUUCAAAAUGGGUUGGUUUAUUUACAAUUGCAUGGGUUGGAUUUCUUUGUGUUUAUCAAUUAUGGUUUUUAAUUGGAGAUUUAAAAGUUAGUGCUAAAAAAAUAUGGGGUCAAUUCUUUGCAAGAGGUAUUAUAUUAUUAGGUAUACCUAUAAUUAUUUAUCUUGUUUCAUUUGCUAUACAUUUUAAUGUUUUAUCAAAAGAAGGUGAUGGAGGAGCAUUUAUGAGUUCUGCUUUUAGAGCAGGGUUAGAGGGAAACAAAAUUCCAACUAAUAUAACUUCAGAAGUUGGUUUAGGUUCUGUUAUUACUUUACGUCAUAUUGAUACUCAAGGUGGUUAUUUACAUUCACAUGAUCAUUUUUAUCCAACUGGUUCAAAACAACAACAAAUUACUUUAUAUCCACAUUUAGACUCAAAUAAUAAAUGGUUAAUCGAACCAUAUAAUGGUACUAUUUAUAAUGAUACAUUUGUUCCAUUAAUAAAUGGUAUGAAAAUUAGAUUAAAACAUAUUAAUUCAGGUAGAAGAUUACAUUCACAUGAUGAAAAACCACCAGUUAGUGAACGUGAUUGGCAAAAAGAAUGUUCAUGUUAUGGAUAUGAAGGGUUUUCAGGUGAUGCAAAUGAUGAUUGGAUAGUUGAAAUUGUUCAAUAUAGAACAAAAGAUCCAAAUGCAAAAGUAUUUGUAAAAGCUUUAGAUUCAAUUUUCAGAUUACGUCAUGCAAUGACUGGUAAUUAUUUAUUUUCGAGUGAAGUUAAAUUACCAGAAUGGGGAUUUGGUCAACAAGAAGUUACAGCAGCAUCACAAGGUAAAAGACCUUUAACUCAUUGGUAUAUUGAAACUAAUGAAAAUAAAUAUUUACCAAAAGAACAACAAACUAUUGUAAAUUAUCCAAAACUUUCAUUAUGGUCAAAAUUUAUUGAAUCACAUAAAAGAAUGUGGAAAAUUAAUUCUGGAUUAACUGAACAUCAUCAUUGGCAAAGUGAUCCAUCUGAAUGGCCAUUAUUAUUAAGAGGUAUUAAUUAUUGGGGUAAAGAUCAUAGACAAGUUUAUUUAUUAGGUAAUGCAGUUACUUGGUGGGCUACAACAAUAGCAAUUAUUGGUUUCAUCACUGCUGCUUUUAUAACAAUUUUAAAAUGGCAUUUAGGUACUCCAUUAAGUAAUAAUAAAGAAUUAAUUAAAUUUAGUGAUCAAACUUUUUCAUUUGUUUUAGGUUGGUUUUUACAUUAUUUCCCAUUUUUUAUAAUGGGUAGACAAUUAUUUUUACAUCAUUAUUUACCAGCAUUAUAUUUUGGUAUAUUAACAUUAGGACAUUUUUUCCAAUUAUUUACAAAUUAUGUUGCAGGAAAAUCAAGAUUUUUACAACAAAUUACCUUGGGUAUAGUUGUAAUUUUCCUUAGUUUAAGUACAUUAUUUUAUAUUAAUUAUUCACCAUUAAUUUAUGGUUCACCAUGGAUAAAAUCAAGUUGUGAAAUUUCAAAACCUUUUAAAUCAUGGGAUUAUGAUUGUAAUAAUUUUUUAAAAAAUAUUGGUGAAUAUUCAAAUAUUUAUAAUAAUGAUUUACCAAAACCUUCAGCUGCAGAAGAACCACAAUUGGAUGAAGCUAAAAAGACUCCUGUAGCAGUUCCAAAAUUAGCAAAGGAAGAAAAACAUAUUGAAAGUCCACCUACUGCUAAGCAAGAAGCUCCAAAAAAAGUAAUUGAACAAUUAGCUCCACCAGAAGUCAAAGCAGAAACUCCAAAAGUUGAACAACAAAAACCAAUUGAAAAACCAAUUCUUGAAGAGAUUCCAUCUGAAAAUCCAAUAGUUGAAGAAAAUCCAGCUAAGGAAAAAGAUAUAAAACAAGAAGAACAAAUUUCGUCGAAAAUAGAAAUAGUUGCGUAA